CGGCGCUUAUGUUUACGCGGCGACGUGGUGACUCUCGUUGCCGGGAUGCUGGCUAAUAUCCUGUAGGGCCGCAGCAUCGUAGGAGCGCAGCUUGAACAUACAAAGAGCUGGGGUAAGCUCCAAAUCUCCGCAUGUUUAGAGUACACCACUUGAGUUGGACAUAUAUCAUACUUUCAUCUACCAACCCUACUCUUUUCCACUUUGCAUCAUGGGUGGUGGAGGCGCCGCUCCCGGUGGCUUUGAUGCUGCGCUCGAGAGACGUCGGGCUCUAAUGGGAAAGAGUGGUCCUGGAGCUCUGAUCAAAAACUUCAAGGUUUUCCGCAUUGCCUUAUUCGCUUGCUUAGGAGGAGUCCUCUAUGGAUACAAUCAAGGCAUGUUCAGUGGUAUUCUGGCUAUGCCCUCGUUUGGCAAGCAAACCGACGGAUAUACGGAUAAUCCCACACAGAAGGGCUGGCUCACUGCUAUUCUUGAGCUCGGUGCCUGGUUCGGAGCUGUUAUGUCUGGGUUCCUUGCUGAGACUCUGUCUCGAAAGUACGGUAUCCUGGCCGCUACUGGUAUUUUCAUCAUAGGUGUUGUUGUCCAGGUCACAGCGAUCGCUGGUGGACACAACGAGAUUCUUGCAGGCCGGUUCAUCACGGGUAUUGGUGUUGGUACUUUGUCGUGUAUUGUACCCAUGUACAAUUCCGAGUGUGCUCCUCCUGAGAUCCGUGGUGCUCUCGUAGCCGGCCAGCAACUCGCUAUCACCUUCGGCAUCAUGGUCUCUUUCUGGAUCAAUUAUGGGACCAACUACAUUGGGGGAACCACACUGGAGACCCAAUCUAAUGCUGCAUGGCUUGUUCCCAUCUGCAUCCAGCUUGUACCUGCUGCAGUACUCUUCUUCGGCAUGAUAUGGAUGCCGUUCUCGCCCAGAUGGCUUGUUCAUCAUGGCCGCGAGGGGGAAGCUCGUCGCACGCUCGCAAGCCUUCGUGAUCUCCCUGAGGACCACGAGCUGAUUGAACUUGAGUUUCUCGAGAUCAAGGCUCAGUCCAUGUUUGAAAAACGCAGUAUCGCUGAAAAGUUUCCCCAUCUUUCCAAGUUGACUGCUUGGAAUACCUUCAAGCUACAAUUCGUAGCCAUUGGCGCGCUUUUCAAGACUAAAGCCAUGUUCAAGCGCGUUAUCGUUGCUACCGUAACAAUGUUCUUCCAACAGUGGUCCGGAAUCAACGCAGUUCUCUACUACGCUCCAGCCAUUUUUGAGCAGCUAGGUCUGACGGGCAAUACCACCUCCUUGCUUGCGACUGGUGUUGUCGGAAUUGUCAUGUUUAUCGCUACCAUCCCCGCUGUGCUAUAUAUCGAUCGCGUGGGCCGCAAGCCUGUUCUUGCCAUCGGCGCCAUUGGCAUGGGCGUGUCCCACAUAAUUAUUGCCAUUAUCCUGGCAAAGAAUAUCGACAACUUCGAAAACGCCCAGGGUGCUGGCUGGGCUGCCGUCGUUAUGGUUUGGCUCUUCGUCGUACAUUUCGGCUAUUCUUGGGGCCCAUGUGCGUGGAUUCUCAUCGCUGAGAUCUGGCCUAUCAGCACACGCCCAUACGGCACUGCGCUGGGCGGCUCGAGCAACUGGAUGAAUAAUUUCAUUAUCGGACAAAUCACGCCAGAUCUUCUAGAACACAUCACAUACGGGACGUACAUUCUCUUUGGUAUGCUUACCUUUGUUGGAGCAGCGUUCAUCUGGUUUUUCGUGCCAGAAACGAAACGUUUGACACUCGAGGAGAUGGACAUCAUCUUUGGAAGCGAGGGCGCGGCACAAAAAGAUCAGGAGAGGAUGGCUGAGAUUAAUCAGGAAAUUGGACUUACGAGAAUCUUGGGUGGUGGAAGCUCACCGGAUCAUCAUAGGGAUGAGAUGGUCGUUGGUGACGAGAAGGGUGCGGUUGAUGUGUAGGGACCUGAAUGCGAGGCAUAGGACAUGUUGCUGGAGAACGGCAUUGACAGCUGCGAAGACGCUAGACUGGUUCAAACUCUUGAAUGCGCGAUCGCAUUGCUCAACAAGAACAUUCGGGUUUGUGGGAACUUAUCGUGUGGAUCACAAUUAAUCAUCUAUCUUUAGCGCGCUCCUUCACUAAUGACUUACUGCCGCUAAGUGGGGUGUGAGCAUUUGUAGUGACGGGCAUAGGCAAUGCCCCGUUUCAUGCUACCUGUUAAGAGUAUGACUUUAAUAUAAACAUUGUGAUGA